CUCUGAUAAAUAAAGAAAGGCCCUUCGAAUGAAGCGUUCUCCCCCAACGUAUACCCAUUGGUAUUCCACAGAAUUGGUGUAGUACAGCCCUGCUGCCCUGCAUUUGCUAUCAACUGCUAUGGCCGCACUGGUGACGAAUAAAUAUCCGCCAUUUCUCACAAAUAAUCCUCGAUAAAAAAAGUCGUUUAUCCCGUAUGAAUGACUCGACUGGUUAAUCCAUAAUUGUUGAUUGUUGACGCCAUCAGUGUGGAAAAAGGUUUGUGGUCGGGGGUGAGGCGAAAUGGAAGAGAAUCAAACAUCGGAAAGUGUCGCUGUGCUACCGGACAUGUCCGAAUCGUUAACGAGCGAGACCGAGGAGGCGUCCAGCCUCUCGACCGAGCACGAAGCCCAUCCUGUUGCUGUUGCAACUAAUGUUGCUGCAUUACCAAGUGUCCAGGGUGUACCUGUAUCACUGCCCGUUGGCUCCAUCAUCGGUGUCUCCAAUUCCAGCAAUGGCACCACCUUCAACGUCAUCACUUCCGAUGGCCUCCAGCUACCAACGUCUGGUGAAUUCAAGCAGAUGCUGUGCGUGGAUAAUGGCUUCAUCUGCGAGCCCCGACACGACAAAGACACAGACCCUCUGCGCUGGAAUGGAGAACUCAAGGCGACUCACAUCGUCAUCCAGAACAGCCCAGAGGAAACCGAAACCGAACAGAUACACGUGACAACAGCUAAUUCCCAGUCAAUCUGCAGUUGGUCAGAGUCUGCUAAUAUGGCAGUGCUGCCAGUGAGAUGUAAAAAUACAAAUGCUGAGCUGCACAAGAGUCGAUUUGGUUCAGGCGGACGUGGGAGGUGCAUCAAACUUGGCUCUGACUGGUACACACCUAGCGAAUUUGAAGCUGCCUGUGGUAGGGCCAGCAGUAAGGACUGGAAGAGGAGCAUCAGAUUCGGGGGCAGAAGUCUGCAGACACUUAUAGAUGAAAAUAUCCUCAAGCCCCACGCCACCUCCUGCACCUGUGCAGCUUGCUGCGAUGAUGACAGUGCGACAGGACCAGUGCGCCUGUUUACCCCCUAUAAGCGUCGGAGAAGAGCCCGGGAGAUUUCUGACGGUGAGACCCCAUCUCGAAAAAUAAAGAGCGACAAUUCCCGAGACGGUAGCAACAACGACGAGAGUGACAACGAAACAGCUGUGGAAGGGAAAGACGUGUGGCCACAAUUUGUGGAGAAUCUCGUGGUGCACCAGGGGGCGGAGCACGACCAGGUGAUACAAGCGGUGCACACAGAAAACGGACAGAGUGACGAUGUCUUCAAAAAGUUGGACGACAUGUCCACGAAGAUGUUGAAGCUUGCUUAUGAGUUCAAGAGGACUGUCGAAGAGGCUAAGGAGAUCAACAGGCAGCAGAGGAGGGAGCAGGCACUUGUGGCUCAGCUGGGGGGCAGGGGAGACGUCAUCGAGACGGUUGGCCUCCAGCCAGCACCCAAUUCCCAUAAUAAAAAGUGCGCAAAUUGCAAUCGUGAGGCGUACGCCGAGUGUUCCCUGUGCAGACGCACCCCCUAUUGCUCAACAUUUUGCCAGAGAAAGGACUGGGGUAGUCACCAGGUGGAAUGCGUACGAGGAGCCGCUGAAACAGUCAUGUUAAUCGUCGAGAGCAGCAGUGCAGACACCGGAUCGCUGGCACGUGGUGGCGAUGAUCAAUAGUUAAUGAUUUUUGUCGAUGAUCCCAGUGGAGAUACCACUACACGUGAAAUGCAAACUAAAGGUGAUGCAUUAAUUAAUUCGGAGAAUAAUUAGACGGAUUUCUUCGAAGGGAAUAAAUACUGUAUAUAAAUAUCAUUUGUAUGGGACAGACGAGAUACUACUGUCGGGCUGGUGAAACAACUCUUUCACUAUUAUGUAGAUCCAGCUGAGUCUGAUAAUAUUUUUAGCACGUAAUUUUUUCAUGUCGAUUUAAGGUUGAGGUAAACUCGAUGUAUAUACCUUGAGAAAUUUAGGCACGUGCUCGAUGAGGUCAGGAGCAAGUGAAUUGAUAAAUAAAGAAUUCAACAUUGAA